AUGCUGGCUGUGUUACCUUGCCUGAUCCUCGGCCUCUUCACCUGGAGUGUUGGCAUCUGCGGUGCUCAGGGGGAGUUUUGCCACGGUUGGAUUGACAAUGCGGGCAAAUGGCACGACGGUUUCCAGUGUCCUGAGGAUUAUGAUACAGCGGACGCCACGACAUGCUGCGGCUCGUGUUCUCUACGUUACUGCUGUGCGGCCGCUGAGGCCAGGCUGGACCAGGGGCUUUGUACCAACGACAGAGAGCAGCAGAACCCCGAUUACUCAGCACAGCCCGUCUAUAUGCCGUUCCUUAUUGUCGGUUCCAUAUUCAUUGCUUUCAUCAUCCUGGGUUCCCUGGUUGCCGUUUACUGUUGUACGUGCCUUAGACCCAAGCAAUCAAAUCCGCAGCCAAUGCGUUUCUCAAUGAGGAAUCACCAAACAGAGACCAUUCCCAUGAUCCCAACUUUUACACAUUUGAGGACCCCAUCCCGGCAGUCGAGCACUGCCACUAGCUCCAGCUCAACCGGUGGCUCCAUUCACAGAUUCUCCAUCAGCAGAACAGAGUCAGGGCACGGCUGCCUGGUGGCAUCGCCGUCGCCGGUUUACAGCUCCCCUGGGUGCCUGCAGAAUGCACAGACCCUACAUAUUGGCCAGGCCCAGAGCUUUCUGAUGCCCCAACAGUAUUUCACUUAUACCCUGCAGCCAGAGCCAUUCGCAACAGGUAAAGGCUUCAACGAUUUCACUCAGAACCGGCUGAAGACUCAAAGCAUAUCCGCGCAGGACUCCGAGCAAGUUACAUAUAGUAACGCGGGUUUAUAG